UCAUAAAUAUUUCCUUCGCUAUCGAAAAUUCCAAUGGGUCUUCCUGCUCUCCUCAUUGGAUUUUUCUGUCUGGCUGCUUUGAAUGCUGGAUUUUGCAAUGGAGGCUGCAUAGAGAGGGAGAGGCAAGCCCUCUUGAAGUUGAAGCAGGAUAUGGUUGAUCCUGCACACCUUCUCGCUUCUUGGGUUGCUGAUGAUGAAGAUUGCUGCAGGUGGAAGAGAGUUGUCUGUGAUAAUGUGACCAGCCAUAUUCUGGAACUCCAUCUCAGGACUCCUCCCUUAGACUAUGAUCUUGCUCGAAUUCAAUAUGAGGCUAAUGGGGGAUUUCUUCAGCUGGGUGGUAAGAUAAGUCCUUCCCUGCGUCAUUUGAAGCAUUUACGUUAUUUGGACCUCAGCGAUAAUGGUUUUGGAAUUCAAAUUCCAAACUUCAUUGGUUCUUUGAGGAGUUUAAGACUCCUUAACCUCUCCAAUUCAGGAUUUGUAGGGGAAGUACCUCAUCAUAUUGGGAAUCUCUCCAAUCUGAAACAUCUCGACCUUAAUGGAAAUAAUUACUUACAGGUUGAGGAUUUUCGUUGGCUGUCUAGUCUUUCCUCCUUGGAGUUCCUUGAUAUGAGUUGGGUGAACCUUGUCAAGGUCUCUAAUUGGCCUCAUAUGAUAAGUGCCCUUCCUUCCUUGGUAGAAUUACACUUGUCUAGUUGUAAUCUAGGGCCCCAUGAUGAAGUCCAUCCCAUUACAAAUAUAAAUUUAUCAUCUCUUGAUGUCCUUGAUCUUUCUCAUAAUCCUGGUCUUGUUAACUUUUCAAAUAUCAAUUGGGUCUUUGGUCUUAGGAAGCUAAUUUUUCUUGAUUUAUCAUGGACCAAUUUUGCACAUUCGAUCCCUUAUUAUCUUCAAAACUUGACCGUUUUAAGGCACUUGGAUUUGUCAUACAACUCUUUCAAUUCUUUAGUACCUAAUUGGUUGGACAACUUUAGCCAUCUUGAGUUCCUUGACCUCUCCUACAAUAAUUUUGAAGGUGAAAUUCCUAUCAGGUCAAUAGGAAAACUUUGCAACUUGAGAUUCUUGAGUUUCACUGAUGUCAAUUUGACUCUACAAACAUCUCAUAUUUUAGAAAUCUUUUCUGGAUGCGUUUCUAAUUCAUUGGAAUCAUUGCACUUAGAAAGUUGUCAACUCUCUGGGCAACUAACCAGUCGACUUGGGAAUUUUAAAAUUAUGAAAGAAUUGGAUUUGUCAAGUAACUCAAUUUCCGGUCCUAUUCCGAUGUCCAUAGGUGAGCUUCAAUGCUUAAAAGUUUUAUAUCUUAGUAGUAACAAAUUAAAUGGAAGUCUUCCUAAGUCAUUUGGUCAACUUGCUAAUUUGGAAGAUAUUGAUAUUUCACUUAAUUCUUUUGAGGGAAGUCUUCCCAAGUCAUUUGGUCAGCUUUCUAAUUUGAAAUAUGUUGACAUUUCACAGAAUUCUUUUGAGGGUAUUGUUUCAGAAAUUCACUUUGUUAGCCUCACGAAAUUAAACACCUUCAUUGCUGAUGGAAACUCGUUGAUGAUUUUGAGAGUCAAUCCUAAUUGGGUUCCUCAUUUUCAAAUUUUUGAAUUGAGGUUAGCAUCUUGGCAUUUAGGUCUGCAAUUUCCACAAUGGCUUCAUUCUCAAAAAUAUCUAAGAUAUUUAGAUAUUUCUAACACAAGAAUUUCAGAUAUGGUUCCUAGUUGGUUUUGGGGAGUGUCAUCUCAAUGUGUAUACGUAAAUAUUUCUCACAACCAAAUCCAUGGGCAGCUUCCAAAUGUGUUAAAUAGUUCUCCUACCUUCUUCGGUACUGUUAUUGACUUUAACUCAAAUAAUUUCACCGGUCCAUUAGCCCGCAUCUCCUCCAAUGUGGUUUCCUUAGACAUGUCCAAUAAUAAUCUAUCAGGUUCCCUUUUUCACUUUUUGUGUGGUGAGAUGAAUGAAUUCAUGACGAUGAACAUUCUCAAUUUAGGAAAAAAUUUUUUAUUUGGAGAGUUACCAGAUUGUUGGACCAACUGGCAAUAUUUGAACGCAAUUGUAUUAGCGGACAAUCAGUUAACAGGUGGAAUUCCAAGGUCGAUCGGAGCUUUAGGUGCCUUGUCAUCGUUGCAUCUUCAGGAAAAUUACCUUACAGGAGAAAUACCAUUGUCUUUAAGUAAUUGUACGAAUUUAGAGAUUCUUCAGCUUCGUGAAAAUGAAUUGGAUGGGAGCAUCCCACCAUGGAUGGGUCAUAGCCUUUCAAACUUGAAAAUCUUGGACCUUGGUUCAAACAAAUUUUCAGGACAUAUCCCAAAUGACUUGUGUUUGCUCAAUUCUCUCCAAAUACUAAGCCUUGCUCAAAACAAUCUCUCUGGAAGCUUGCCAAGGUGUAUUGGUAACAUAAGUGUCUUGCUUUCAACGAACAGCCAUUCUCACGAAUUCUUUAGCGGCUAUGGUUCUUCAGACGGUUAUUUUCACUCGGAAUUUUCUUAUCAAGAUGCUACAUUUGUUUCAAUAAAAGGUCAGUGGCUUGAAUAUGACAAGACCCUUUACUUGGUGAAAAUCAUGGAUUUCUCUGGAAAUAAUUUAUCAGGGGAGAUCCCUUCAGAAGUAACUAAUCUUCAAGGGUUGCAAUCUUUGAAUUUAUCACACAAUUUUUUCAUUGGAAGGAUUCCAAAGGAGAUCGGCAACAUGAGAAUGUUAGAAUCGGUUGAUUUCUCUGGGAACAAUCUGUCUGGUUCAAUUCCAGAAAGUAUGUCAAACUUGACUUUUCUAAGUUACCUAAACUUGUCCAAUAACCAAUUGGUGGGUAGAAUUCCUUUAGGUACUCAGUUACAGGGUUUCAAUCCAUCUAACUUUGCUGGAAACAAACAGCUUUGUGGUCUUCCAUUAGCAGAUAAUUGCAGUUGUAUUAAUGGAAAUUGUGGACCCAGCAUCGAAACCAGAGGCAGAAAACAUAGGAAUGGAGUUGAAAUAAAUUGGUUUUUUGUGAGCAUGACACUUGGAUUUAUUGUGGGAUUUUGGAGUGUACUAAGCCCUUUGGUAAUUAGCAGGAGAUGGCGAUGCAUGUAUUAUCAAUUUCUUGAGGAAAUGUGGUGGAAAAUCAGUGCUUUUAUAAGCAAAUAUUUCUAAACUAUAAUGUGUUACUUUUAUGAAUGUACUAGUCUUGAAUUAUUGAGAAUAAUAUCAUUUCCUCUAAGUUGUAUUGUGUAAUAAGUUCCCAUUUUAUCAGUGGAAUAUAUGUUCUGGUUUUAC